GACCAGGGCGUGUGGCAGCUGCUGCUGGUCACCUUCGUGUCCUACGCCCUGCUGCCCGUGCGCAGCCUGCUGGCCGUCGGCUUCGGGCUCGCGGUGGCCGCCUCGCACCUGCUCAUCACCGCCACCCUGGCGCCCGCCAAACGCCCGCGCCUCUGGAGGACGCUCGGAGCCAACGCCCUGCUUUUCCUCAGCGUGAACAUGUACGGGGUCUUCGUGAGGGUCCUGGCCGAGCGCUCCCAAAGGAAAGCCUUCCUGCAGGCCCGCAGCUACAUUGAAGACCGGCUGAGGCUGGAGGACGAGAAUGAGAAGCAGGAGCGGCUGCUUAUGAGCCUUCUGCCCCGGAAUGUUGCCAUGGAGAUGAAGGAGGACUUCCUGAAGCCCCCCGAAAGGAUUUUCCACAAGAUUUAUAUCCAGCGGCAUGACAAUGUGAGCAUCCUCUUCGCGGACAUCGUGGGCUUCACGGGCUUGGCGUCACAGUGCACCGCGCAGGAGUUGGUCAAGCUCCUCAACGAGCUCUUCGGCAAGUUUGAUGAACUGGCCACGGAGAACCACUGUCGCCGCAUCAAGAUCCUUGGCGACUGUUAUUACUGCGUGUCCGGCCUCACCCAGCCCAAGACCGACCAUGCCCACUGCUGCGUGGAGAUGGGCCUGGACAUGAUCGAUACCAUCACGUCGGUGGCCGAGGCCACUGAGGUGGAUCUGAACAUGCGUGUGGGGCUGCACACCGGCAGGGUCCUCUGCGGGGUCCUCGGCCUGCGCAAGUGGCAGUACGACGUGUGGUCCAACGACGUGACCCUGGCCAACGUCAUGGAGGCCGCCGGCCUGCCCGGGAAAGUCCACAUCACGAAGACGACGCUGGCGUGUUUGAACGGUGACUAUGAGGUGGAGCCGGGUCAUGGGCACGAGAGGAACAGCUUCCUGAAAGCUCACAACAUCGAAACGUUCUUCAUUGUGCCGUCUCACCGGCGGAAGAUAUUCCCAGGGCUCAUCCUGUCCGACAUCAAGCCAGCCAAGAGGAUGAAAUUCAAGACCGUGUGCUACCUGCUGGUUCAGCUCAUGCACUGCCGGAAGAUGUUCAAGGCGGAGAUCCCGUUCUCCAACGUCAUGACGUGUGAGGAUGACGACAAGCGGAGGGCAUUGAGAACCGCAUCGGAGAAACUCAGAAACCGCUCAUCGUUCUCUGCAAACGUCGUCUACACCACGCCGGGCACGCGCGUCAACAGGUACAUCGGCCGCCUCCUGGAAGCGCGCCAGAUGGAGCUGGAGAUGGCAGACCUGGACUUCUUCACCCUGAAGUACAAGCAGGCUGAGCGCGAGCGCAAGUACCACCAGCUCCAGGACGAGUAUUUCACCAGUGCCGUUGUGCUGGCGCUCAUCCUCACCGCCCUUUUCGGCCUCGUCUACCUUCUCAUCAUCCCGCAGAACGUGGUUGUCCUCUUGCUCCUGGUAUUCUGCAUCUGCUUCCUGGUGGCCUGCGUCCUGUACCUGCACAUCACUCGGGUCCAGUGUUUUCCCGGAUGCCUGACCAUCCAGAUCCGCACCGUCUUGUGUAUUUUCAUAGUGGUCUUGAUCUACUCCGUGGCCCAAGGAUGUGUGGUGGGCUGUCUGCCCUGGGCCUGGAGCUCCAGCCCAAACAGGACCCUGGUGGUCCUGACGCCCGGCGGCCAGAGCGCACUGCUGCCCGCUGCGCCCUGCGAGUCUGCGCCCCAUGCUCUGCUCUGCGGCCUGGUGGGCACGCUCCCACUGGCCAUCUUCCUGCGAGUGUCCUCCCUGCCCAAAAUGAUCCUGCUCCUCGUGCUCACCGCAUCCUACAUCCUGGUCCUGGAGCUCAGCGGCUACACCCGGGCCUCGGGGGGCAGCGCGGUGUCCGGGCGCAGCUUCGAGCCCAUCAUGGCCAUCCUGCUGUUCUCGUGCACGCUGGCCCUGCACGCCCGGCAGGUGGACGUCAAGCUGCGGCUGGACUACCUCUGGACGGCACAGGCAGAGGAAGAGAGGGAUGACAUGGAGAGGGUGAAGCUGGACAACAAGAGGAUUCUCUUCAACCUCCUGCCGGCCCACGUAGCUCAGCACUUCCUCAUGUCCAACCCCCGGAACAUGGACCUGUACUACCAGUCCUACUCGCAGGUGGGCGUCAUGUUCGCCUCCAUCCCCAACUUUGACGACUUCUACAUCGAGCUGGAUGGCAACAACAUGGGCGUGGAGUGUCUGCGCCUCCUGAAUGAGAUCAUCGCUGACUUUGACGAGCUCAUGGACAAAGACUUUUACAAGGACCUGGAGAAGAUCAAGACCAUCGGGAGCACCUACAUGGCUGCGGUGGGGCUGGCACCCACAACCGGGACCAAGGCAAAGAAGUGCAUCUCCUCCCACCUCAGCACGCUGGCGGACUUCGCCAUUGAGAUGUUCGACGUCCUGGAUGAAAUCAACUACCAGUCUUACAACGACUUCGUGCUCCGCGUCGGCAUCAACGUGGGCCCUGUGGUGGCCGGGGUGAUCGGGGCCCGAAGGCCACAGUACGACAUCUGGGGAAACACGGUCAACGUGGCCAGUCGGAUGGACAGCACCGGCGUUCAGGGCAGAAUCCAGGUGACGGAGGAGGUUCACCGGCUGCUGCGAAGGGGCACGUACCGCUUCGUGUGCCGCGGGAAGGUCAGCGUGAAAGGCAAGGGCGAGAUGCUUACGUACUUCCUGGAAGGCCGGACUGAUGGGAACGGCUCCCAGGCCAGGUCCUUGGGCGCAGAGCGGAAGAUGUGCGCUUACGGGCGAGCCGGCCUCCAGGCCAGACUGGCCACGGGCCCGCCCCCAGUGGCCCCCAUGGCCGGCCUCCCGGUCCGAGCUGGGCUGGGGGCUCUGCAGGGCUCGGGGCUUCCCCCAUGCCCCCACGGCCAGCACCUGCCCCCCAGAGCAGCGGGGAAGGAGGCUUAGCGGAACCCACGCCGGCUGCUGGGGCUGAGGCGCUCCAGCAGGGACCAGCCCGGCCCACGGAGCAGGGCCAGGGGCCACGCUGGGCCGCAGAAGGGGUGCCGCCCGGGCGUGACCCGAAGCAGCCGGGCAGUGACGGGCGAGGGGGAGCCCUGCCCGCCUGGAUGCUGAGGCUUUCAGGGGACCGUGCCGGCUCGGUCCUGUCUUCCGUGGGGUUGGCUCGGCGUCUGACGUUGAGACCCUGAGAACAUCCUUUGCAGCUGCUGGCUUCGGUUCCGCCGAGCCGUGGAGCCGUGGCCGGGAGAGCGGGAGCAAGGCCUGCGUGUGGCCUGCGGCAGCCGGGGGCGGGGGGCUGGCUCUGUGACGAGCGACUCGGUGGGAACAGAGAAGCCCCGCUGCACAGACGGGGGCGCCGGCCUCCUUCGGGACCCGUGUUUGCUGAGAGCCAGAGGCAGGUCUUCUGGAAUUCUUGGGGUCCCAAGCCGCGCCUCCGUGUCACGACCAGCAUCCUGCUCUGCCCGCCGUUCUGCGUUGCCCUCGACCCCCGAUGGCAUCGGCCCCGCAGACCCUGGCCCCCCUCGCUGGGGGAGGAACGGCGGGCAGUGCCACCAUCCUUGUCCCGCUCGGCCUCUCGGGCCCCUGCUCUUCUCACAACAGCGCACGCCCGCGUGGAUUGACGCAAGCGAACCUCAUGCCCGAGAGAGGGCUUCCCCAGGGCAGAAGAUUCCAGAGUGAGUUUGGGGCUGCGUCUGCAGGGGGCGCGCCGCAGGUGACUCUGGGAGCUCCGGGGGCCUCCUGUGCGACAGGUGCAGACCCAGGGAUGUGCUGCUAGGGCCUCAGGGCGGUGGCCGGCAUGGGGAAGGACGGGGAGGACAGGCCGUAGACCCCGACCCAGGGAGGACGGCAGCGUGGCCCCCAGGGAGGGCUGGGCUCGCUCUGGUUGAGCCCCCAGGAUGGCCCUGGGCUGCUCCCGCGUGGGCCCGGGAGGCGUGCCAUCCUCCCCGGGGGCCCGUGUUGCCAGGCGGGGGCUUCUGCAGGGCAGCCAGCUCGGCCGGCCGCCGGGGGUGCGUGGACAGGCCAGCGGUAUGGGACUCAGGACGGAAGCGGGUGGGUUAGACGGCUCUGCGCUGGGCCAGCGACGGCCGUGACCACACUGGGAAGGACUCCGCGGCCCAGCCAACGCCCCCCACAGCCUUUAGUGACCUGGCGUGAGUCCUCCAGAGGAAACCGAGUCAUCUCAGGAGUCCUGUGAGCAUGUGGCCCACGGGCUGCAGGGCUGAGGACCUGGCCCAGAGACCCGGCGCCCGCCAGCUAGUGGUGGCCGAGCCUCCAGCCGGGGCAGCGCAGGGGGGCGGUGGACGGCACCGUGGCCCCCAUCCCGUGGACGUGCUGUCACGUGGCAAGGGUGACUUUAUAGGUGGAAUGGAGGCAACGGGUCUCCAGCUGGGCGCAGGGUCCUGCGCCGUCUGGGGCCACCUGUCCCCUCGAAGUGGACACAGAGGCAGGGUGGUCAGGACGGCCCGAGCAUGAGGUUGCUGUUGAGAGGUGCAGGGACCUGGCCACGAGCCACGGGAGGUCUGGUGGCUCCGCAGACACAUGCCGCAGACACCGGGAGCACGUGGACGCCCGUGAGACUCUCAGCGGCCCCCCAGCCCUGCCCGCCGGGCCCGGACCCGGGGUCCAUGGAAGCAGGAGCUCCGGAGCCUCCCAUGGUGGCGAGGCCCCAGCCUCCACCUGUGUCAUCAGCAGUCCAGGCCCUGCCGACCCCGAGGGCGCGGGAGCUGCUAUAGUGUUCCUCGGGGUCGGGUGCACGACGUCUUCCUCUUUCUUUGUGAUGAGACUGUAUGAUAUUGCCUUAUUUAUUUUUGAUCAUGUACAGCGUUUGCGGACAGACGUUAGCCUGUCGAGUAGGGUUCUGUCUAAAUGAUUUAAGACACUCUGUAAAUAGUGCACUGUUUCAAGUGGCACCUGUUCACUCCCACCAAAACUGAGAACAGCCCGACCCCCGUGCAAAUGGCACGCUUCACCCAGAUGUAUGACGUUCCUAGGGGGCCACAUCCCAGCGUGCGGAGGCCCCGGCACUUUGGGGGGGGCCUGCAUGUCCCUCGGCCACCCUAGUGUGCUGCUUAUGUCCAACCUCAGUAGAGUAGGAGGCGGCUCCGACCUUCCAGACGCUUCCAGGGGCCUUCCGGGCUGCUUGGGGUCUGCGUCCUGCAGGGUGAGCCCCCACGGGCCAGGCGCCAGGAGCCUGCGGGUUUGCAGACUCCAGAGCCACCAGGGCUUCCAGACACCUUCUGUCACUAGAAGCAAUAACUAACUGAACUGUGGAGACAAGCCUGGUCCAAAGCAGAUGCGUUAAUUCCAACACAAGCCAUGUGCACGGGGUUUGCCUGAGGUCAGCCAUGCUGCGGGGGGCCCCGGCUCCUCCUGUAGACCCCGCGCAGGCACCUCCCUCCAUGGGGUGUGCUUCGGGUCACCCUUGGGGCGAGGAAGGGGAGAGGCAAGGAAGGCCUAGCUCUGUGCACAUCUGUGACCCUCUGAACCCCAUGUCCACGUGUCCGCGGGGUGCGGUGUGCCUUGGGACCAGGACGCCCGUCCUCCGUGGUAACCUGCCUGGCGUGCAGGCUCUGCGCCUGGACAGGACCCAGACGGAGACACCACAUGCUGCUUCCCCCGAUAGGCUUGCGGUGCUCCCGUCCCAUCAGCACCCUGGAAGUGGUAGGAAACCCCCACUCUGUCCUGCGGCUCGAGGAGGAAGGGUCCCAGCGGCCUUGUGCAUUUGUCCCGGACCCGUGUGCAUUCCAGCGUGUGUCCUUGUAGUUCCCUGAGUCAGGGUCCCGCCGGCCCCUCCCGGUGUGGCAGGGCCUGAGAGGGAGCUGCCUCCUGAACGUGCACCUGCUGGCGCCCAGUGGUCGGGAAGGGGGCGUACGCCCGCCGUGCACCAAACAGCCCUCUAAGCACUGCUAGCUCCGGUCAGCGCUGUAGAAGGUCACCCCGGAAACUGACCUGACCCAAUUUUAUAGUGGCUUCAAUUAAAAACAUGACGAAACUAACAAAGCAAAAAAAAAAAAAAAUCAAAAAAUCAGUCUUCUCAGAGGCAGUGGAUUUCAAAAUGUUUGGUUUGGUGAAAUCAAUGAGGGGCAAACGGUGGCCGGCCGGAAGCUGGAGCGGACGGCCGCGUCCCCAGGCUCGGACAUCCUGCCUCCCCGCCUCUCCAGCUGUAGGUUCACGCGGGGAGUCUGCGCCCAGCACCCUCUGGGGGACUGGCCGGCACGUGGAAAUGUGACCUUUCUUUUCACAGUAUCUUGGGGUUUGCAUUUGCCUUCCUGAGUCUUAGGCUGGGGGGUUGAAAUCAGGCAGCCUGAGGCCCCCCGUCCCGGAGGGCGAGGGGUGGAUGGUCAGGAAGGCUCAGCGUGGCUCAGCCUCGUGCAUAAGCCCCCGCCGGGGAUUCUGCUAGGAUGGACCUAGGAGGUGGGGGGCUGCUGCUGACCGGCAGGCCCCUGGGGGGCGGGGGGGGGGUCCCUGAUUCUGUGAGAAUGAUGAUGGUGGGUGGGGAGGAGCCACAGGCAGGCCCUGUGACCGAAGACGGUGGGGGCCUCGCAGCCACGACUGUGAGAACGUAGGGGUGCCAGGGUGCCCGAGUGGGCGGGGCGGCCUGGUGUGGCCGGCAGCGCGGGGCAGGGCGCCGUCAAACCGGCCGCGGCCCCUAGCUCCUCCCUGCGUGCCCAGCCCCAGGCCCCCCUGCCCUCAGGGUGCUCCCAGGGACGCCUCAGCUCCGUAAGCCAGCCCGUGUGUGCACACGCUGGACGCCGAUCUUGUGGUGCCGGGGCACGUGGGUCACCGCCACGGCCGGUUCAUUGACGUCAACCUGAUAGCAGAGGCCACAUUCUGGGACUGGACUUCACUAACAGCCUCGUGGUAACGACUCGUACACCUGCGUUUCGUGAUUUCCUUCAAAGUUAUAAUCCACCUGUUCCCCGCCAGCUCUGUUCACAGAGAUAAACUAACUGCUCUGCUGGAGACAUGCUUUACUCACAGCUGUGUGUGCGCACACGCGUGUAUAUGUGCAUGUGUGUACGUGCGUUUGUGUGUGUGCAGGUGUGCACGCAUGCAGGGGGUGUGCACGUGUGUGGAUGUGUGCGGGGGGGUGUGCGCGCUUGUGUUGCGUGUGCACCUCUGCGUGUAUGUGGAUGCGUGUGGGUGUGCAUGUGUGUGCGCAUGUGUGGACGUGUGCAGGUGUGCGUGCACGCUUGUGUCGCGUGUGCACCUGUGUGCAUGUAUGGAUGCAUGUGUGUGUAUGCAUGGUCUGUGUGGACGUGUGCGGGUGUGCGUGCGCACCUGUGUGCAUGUAGAUGCGUGUGGGUGUGCAUGUGUGUGCACAUGGUCUAUGUGGACAUGUGUGUGUGAGCUUGUGUUGUGUGUGCACCUGUGUGCGUGUAUGUGGAUGCGUGUGGGUGUGCACCUGUCUGUGUGGACGUGGGCGGGUGUGCACGUGUAUGCAUCUGGCGUGUGGAUGCAUGUGUGUGUGCAUAUGCAAGGGUGCAAGGGUGCAUGUGCGGACACGUGCACACGGUCUAGCGUAACCAAAGUGAAAAGCAGUUGUGUGUCCCGAGAUGGAGGGAGCGUGCAGGGAGCAGAGUGCCCUGGGUGGGCAUUCGGCGGGACGGCCCGAGAGCCCAGGGCAGGACGUGGCCACGGGCCCAGCAGCGGCCCCGGCGAGGAGCGAAGGCUCUUGUCCGGAUGUUUCCCCCAGAGUCCGUGUGCAGUUCGUCGCAGAGGCGCCGGGUGUCGGGCGCUGCGCGUCACCUCCCCUUCGUGCAGCGGCUUUUAGUUUGGUUUUGCCUGGGCCUCUGGUGCCUGUGGAGGCUGGGCAGGGAGGCCGGGGGCACGGGCGCGGGGAUUCCCGAGGCAGGGCUGGAGGGAGCCUGGGCCUGCCCGCGGCUGCUCCUGGCCCACGCUGGAGCCCCCGCCCCCAGGCCAUGUCCACUGUCCCUCUGCCGUGCAGACGUCCACGGACAGGGGCCCCCUCGGGUGACGUUCUCAGUUGUCCGGAAGCACGCGUUGGCCGUCAGUGCUGACCGCGGGGGCAGCCACCUGUCACCACCACUGGCGGGGGGCGGGUUAGAAACAGCCCUUUAGUCCUUUAUGAGAUCUAUGCGUGGCCCCUGCCUCACGCUGGGUUCUGCAGGUUCGCACAAAAGCUGCAGGAAAGGCCAGUGGUCAUCCGCAUGUGCAGUGAAAACGCGGCUCCUCUGGAAUUCCCGCGUGGUCCCCGUGACUGAGACCCAUGUACAGAGCGCCCACACCCUGCGCACCCGUCACCACCCACGGCCCCUGCGGUGUCCUGAGGCCUCAGGCCCAGAGAGGCCAUGACUUGAGCGAGCCCCACAGCGCAGCGCCGGGGCCGGGACCCAUGCCCGGGGCAGGGACAGUGGCAGGCCUGUCUGUCCCAAGCCUUGGUUUCCACCGUGCUCAGCGGCUCUUUGCCGACCCUGCGUUGGUUGUGAUGGUCUGCACCCGGGGGCCCGCCGCAGUGGGGGGCCCCUGGCAGGCUGGUUCUGAGAGGUUUGCCGCCCAGCCCACCCCUGGGUGUGCCCCGGGCUCGGCCUCCCCAACCGUGGGUCCCCCCAGGACCCUGGAGGCCAGCCCCAGGAGCCCCACCAUGUCCCACUUUCCAGCCUCAGUCUGUCCUGAGAAAGCACAGAGCCUCCUUCAGCAGGGAGGACAGUUGCCUGGGCCUUCUGGCAUCACCUAGGGCGACGAGGGCCCCCAGGAGCCCCCAGACCAUACACGCUUCCCUGCACACCUGGAGCCCAGUGGCCCCCAAGUCCCAGGCCCGAGGCACGUGGGCCCCGGGAGGCUGUGGGUGCAGCUGGCUGUCUCUGCUCUGUCUCGCUUGGCGGUGCAGCCAUCCGGUGCCUCACGCCCCGGGCCCCGGGCCCCGGGUGGGUGGCCAGUGUCCCCUCCUGCGGGUUGGGGGACAGCCAAGGGCAGGUUUUCCGGAGAACGUGGGGAAGGCAAGAUGGGGAUUGAGGAGGCUGGUAGGAAACUGGCUCCUUCGGCUUCUUCCGCUCGGACCUCUGAAGCUCUCCUCGUUUGCUGAGAGCUGAGGUCUAAACAGAGGGGUCGUCCAGGACCAGCCGCCCGAGAGAUCUGGGGGGCCUCCAGGGCUCGCCGCCGCACGUGCUGUGCGGACGGUCUGCGGAGCAGCCACUCGCAGCGCCGUGUCCGUGGGCUCUCGCUCCUCAUGGCGCGGGCCACGGGCCCACCAGCAGCCAGAACUUGUUUCCUGCCUCCACCAGCAGCCCCCGGGCCCUGGGCACGAAGCCCACGUCUCAGGGGAGCGUCCCUAGUGGCGGGAAUCCCGAGGGAGCCCACCCCCCCUUCUCGCACACACCGAGGAGCCCACACUCCCGAGUGUCAGUCCCGGGGCGGGGGGCGGUCUUGCCUUCACCCUGUGCAAACCACGGGCUUGCACACCACACGCACUCAGAAUUGCAUGCCGUGAAACCCCGUGUGUGUGAAGCCCACCGUGAACGUAAACACGCAGCAUGCACAUGCAGGGAGGGACAGGCCCGCCUCGGGCCAUCUGCCGGCUGGCCGCAGAGCGUCCCCGAGACACAGCACAGCCUGGGGCCCCCGCCCGCUGGCCACACGACGGCACAACCGCUGGCCGUGUUGCACAAGGAAGAUGACGUAACGGUCGCCACCACCUCGAGUAGCUUCCAUUCUCGCUGAAGGUAAACCCCAGCACCCCCCCACCCCCCGGAGUUUGGUGAUCGCCGUGAAAGGCCGGGUGGGCCCCUGCACCGUCCGUGUUGGGCUGGGCGUGGCCGAGCCCUCGGGGAUGCGGGGCAGGUGGGCCGGGGGACACGCUCCCCGCCAGUGCUCGAGAACAGCUCUCCAGACAUGGACCCGGGUGACGGGGUCAGAUGAUGGCAGCUCACUGUCACCGGGUGGCUUCUCUCAAUAGAUUUGUAUAAUCAAUACGGGUCUAUUUUUAUGUCAACCCCACACUGUUCCUUCCAGUCUUUUCCAAGAUUGUCCGACCUAGACAAGUCACCCAAUAAUUGGUCCUAUUUUUAUUAACGAACCAGUGAACGGACUGAAAUGUUAACGUGAAUGUACAUUUCUUAAUUGCGACUUUUCUACCGAGUGUUUGCACUAUACUUUCUGGAAUCUUAUUUAACAAAAAUAAAGGGAAAAAAAAUUGCUUGACUAAA